AAAGGUUGUGCGCACAUCACAAUGGCUAUUACAGAAAAUGAAUUUUGGAGAAAAUUUAUUGAAGCCUUUAGAGAAGAAAAAGUCCUGUGGGAAAUAAAAAAUGAAUUUUACAACAAUAGGCUAAAAAGAACAAAAAGUUGGCAAAGACUUGCAAACAAAUUGAAAGAAAUUGAUAAGUAUGCCACAAUUGAUACAGCAAAAAAGCGCAUUAAUGGCAUGCGAAGUUGCUAUAGGAGAGAAUUGUGCAAAAUUAAAGCAACUGAAAAGUCUAGUGCUGGUGGAGAGGACAUAUAUGAGCCCACGCUUUGGUACUUUCACCACCUAGACUUCCUUCGAGGAAACGAAGUGACAACGACAGGAAUAAGUACGCUGGAAGACCCCGAUUUUGAAAAUACGGCUCAUUCGCAUAGUAAAAAACGAAAGAAAUCUCACAAUAAUUCAAAGUUUUUUGAAAAGGCAAUAGAACACCAAGCAAAAAAACCAAAACCUAUACGCGAUGAUGCUGACGUAUUUAGUGAAUCAUGGGCAGUUUUAUUUAGGAAAUUAUCUGCGGAACAGCAAAUAUACGCUAAACGAGCUAUAGACGAGAUAUUGGUACAUGGCCAGUUGGGAAACCUACAUUUGAAUUCUGUUCAGAUAAAUGUUGUGCAAAGAGAUCCAAGAACUCCAUAUACCUCUUCAGGAUCCCCAACAGAUGUUUAUCCAACAGCCAUAACUCCAGCGCCACAAAUACUUAUAUCAAGAAGCAAUGUGAAUAAAAUUGAUUAUUCUCAAUCAGUGUUAGAGGAAUCAGCUGAGUGUAGUAGUAUAAAAUCCUCAGCUCAAUCUUUAAAUGAACUUUCUAGAGAUUCCCAGUAUGAGUAAAUUUAAUUUAAAUGUAUUUGAUUUUUUUCAUUUUUCACAUGUUUAAUAUUUAAGUACAUUUUUUC